AUGAAGGAACCUGAGACGAGAAGAGAAUCCCUACACUUGGAUCAUGUAAUGGGAUUUCUAGCCUCUCAGGUUUCCCUAUCUAACGUGACUUGCAACUCUAAAGACCUCAAAGAGUUGGAGGGUUUCUUGAAAGGCUUGGAAUCAGGGAUUAGUGGGUGGGGAAGAGAUGUUUCUUCUGAUUGCUGUAAUUGGACUGGCGUCAAUUGCUCUUCUUCAGCUGUGGGAGUGGAGACUUCUACAGAAUCGGGCAAAAGGGUUGGCGUUGAAAAACUGAAUGGGCAGAAUGUAUUGUUGCUAAUAUCGAACUUGGACAUCUCCCCAGAAGAAGUCGCGAUUCUGAAACAGAUCAUGUACACCGAAGAGGGGAAACCCCGUACCAAAAUACUCAACUCGAAGAAAAUGCCGAUCCAAGAUCCUAUUGUGUACGAAGUAGUGUGGCUACCCGUGGUGGUGGACAGGCGUCUCCCAUGGACCGAAGACAUGCAAAGAGACUUUGACCGACUGCAGUCGAUUAUGCCGUGGUACUCGGUGCAACACCCUUCCUUGGUCCAUCCGGGAGUGAUUAAGUACAUCAAGGAGUUUUGGCACUUCAACAGGAAGCCAAUCCUUGUGGUUUUGGACCCACACGGCAGGGUUGUGCGCCUCAACGCUCUCCACAUGACAUGGAUCUGGGGAAGCUUUGCCUUCCCUUUCACCAGGCAUAGGGAGGAAGAGCUGUGGAGGGAAGAGACCACCUGGAGACUUGAACGUUUGGUAAGUAGAAGAAGAUAUGCAGGAUAUGAAGGCUUGGUUGACGGCAUGGAUGAAAACGUACUCAAUUGGAUAGAGAGAAAAGCAUUCAUUUGCCUUUAUGGAGGAGAUGACAUAGAUUGGAUAAGGAAAUUCACAACCAAGGCAAGAGCGGUGGCUCAGGAAGCAGGUCUCCCAUUCGAGAUGAUGUACGUGGGGGAGAGAAACACUAAUAAGGAGCGAGUGAGGACUAACAUUGGCAUCAUCACCUCGGACAAGCUGAGCUAUUGCUGGGAAGACCCCACACUCAUCUGGUACUUCUGGAUUCGGCUGGAGAGCAUGUGGUACUCGAAGAUGCAGCAAAGAUACAGCAAGGAGAACGACUCCAUAAUGAAGGGGAUCAUUACAAUGCUCAUCUUCGACAGCAGCGACCAAGGAUGGGCGUUGAUAAGUGAACGAUCAAAAAUCAUGGUCAAAGACAUGGGGGACACGAUCUUGAAAUGCUUCAACCGGUACGAUAGUUGGAAAGAAAACGUUGGCGUUAAGGGUAGUUUCAUUCAGGCACUCCGUGAUCAACUAGAACACCUGCGCACCACCCGGCAUCACUGCAUUCGUCUCACCCUACCGGAGACCGAAGAAAUGAUCCCCGAGAUUGUGGGCUGUAGCGACUGUCGCCGCAUAAUGAAGAAGUCCGUGUCUGUCACGUACAGCUGCUACGAGGAUUAA